AUGAAGUUCAACGUGGGCCUCCUCUUCGUGGCCUUCGCCAGCGUCACCUCUGCCUUCCCUCUCGAGUAUCUCAAGAUUGCCUCUUGGGAUGUCGAGGGUUUCGCCAAGAGCAACCCCAUUGGCGUGACCACUGGCGGUAAGGGCGGACCGACCGUCGUGGCCACGACAGCCGCCGAGCUCAUCGCCGCCGUUGCCGGCAACGACCCCAAGAUCGUUCGCGUCAAGGGCGACAUCACCCUGGCUGCACGUCUCAAGGUCGGCUCCAACAAGUCGCUCAUCGGCGUUGGCUGGUCGGCGCAUAUCACCGGUGCUGGUAUCGAUGUCUUCAACGGCGACAACGUUAUCCUCCAGAACCUCAAGAUCAGCUACAUUGUCGACAACGACUGCAUCACUAUCCGCAACUCUACUCGUGUCUGGGUUGAUCACAACGAGUUCACCUCCGACAUCACCCAGGGACCUGAUGCUUACGACGGCCAAGUUGAUAUUAUCCGUGGAUCCGACUAUAUCACCGUCAGCUGGAACUAUUUCCAUGACCACUGGAAGUCCUCGCUGAUCGGCAACAACCCCGAUUUCCGCGACAUCGACUCCGGUAAGCUGCACGUCACCUACCACCACAACUGGUGGAAGAACAUGGGCACGCGCGGUCCCGCCGGCCGCUUCGGCCGCCAGCACGUCUACAACAACCUUUACGAGGACUUCCUCUACCAGGCCAUUCACUCGCGCUCCGACAACCAGGUCCUCGUCGAGGGCAACGUUUUCCGCGGCAAGACCCGCGAGGCCCUGAGCUCCUACGGCCUGGUCAUCCCCGAGGACUCGCCCAACACUUGUGUCUGCGGUGACGAGGAGCUCGACGGCUAUGCCAACCUUGGUGCCAAGAACGACUGGGGCAACGCUGGUGUCAACAUAACCCAGGUUGGCGACUUCUACAAGGCCGACUACAAGUUCAAGCUCACCCCGCUGAAGCUCGUGCCGCUCGUCACGAAGCUCGGUGCCGGUGUUGGACGAAUCUGGUAA